UCUGUCUGUCUGGCUGGGAGCCUCGUGUCUUCGUCGAAUCACUCGUUUCGUGUGUUCUUUUCUGCGAUCGAGCGACGAUCCAAAGAAAACCUACGGGCUUCGUAGAAUCGCAGCUGCUCGAUAUUGAUCCACUCCUGCGAACUAACUAACCAGCGCACCGGGCUACCGAAGUAGAAUUGACGUCGGGUCGAGGUGCGAAGGGAGCCUUCAGUGGCGACGCGAGAGGUUGCAAGAAUAGGACGGCUUGGAAAACAGCUUUUGCUGCGAGAAGUGCGUGUGCCUAUCUUCUGCGGGGGAAGGGGGCGAAAGUUCGAACAGUUUUCGAAGUGGGAGAAAGAUUCGAGAGGCUGGCACUCAGUUUUGUGGAGAUGACUAGGUUUAACACGGUGGAACUUGCGACGGACAGGGACUUAUGAGGCUCGGAGAAGCGGUUGGGUAGGCCUGAGUGAGACUUGCAUUUUAGAGGCCGAGCAGGUUGUAGAAAGAAAGACUGCUAAGUGCUGUGAGAGAAGUGGCACAUGUUUACACCUCAAAAAAGGGCUCAGCCGAGCUGGGCUCUUCAGUCCUCGGGUGAAAAGGCGAACCGGAGAGAUAAGGGCAAAGUAAUUAGUCCCGAUGGAAGAGUCGGAGGAAGUACUCCCAACUCCACCACAGAAACACUGACCAGGACUGUGGUGGAGAGGAGUGUUGUGGAGAUGAGUAUGAUGGACGUCGCACCUCCUGUAGCGUCUCUAGAUGGACGAGGACCAGAUGGCGUUCAGUCAGAGCCUGAAAUUUGGCGUCGUUUCCAGGAGGCUGGUGCUCUUGAUGUGGAGUCGCUCGAGAAGAAAGAUCGAGUGGCGUUACUGGCCAAAGUUUCCACAUUAGAGGCUGAGUUAUACGACUAUCAGUAUCAGAUGGGACUGCUACUGAUGGAACGAAAGAACUGGAACAUCAAGAGCGAGGAGUUCAAGGCAGCCAUUUUAGAAGCGGAGGAAAACACACAAAGAGAGCAAGCUGCCAACUUGAUCGCCCGUGAAGAAGCGGAAAGACGCGAACAAAUACUCAAGAAAUCUCUGGAGAUAGAGAAACGAUGUGUAAUUGAUCUGGAGAAAGCCUUGAAGGAGAUGCGUGCUGAAGCAGCGGAAGUUAAGGAAUCUGCUGACAAGCAGGUGGUCCAUGCCCGAGAGAUGGUGUACGGAAUUGAUGAAAAGCUUCAAACAGCUGACGCAAAGUUGUAUGAAGCGCAAGCUAUCCGUGCAGAAGCUAGUCGCAGGCAUGCAGAGUCCGAGAGGAAGGUGCAGGAGGCGGAGGCACGUGAAGAUGCCUUGAGAAGAGAGAGGCAGGGUCUUUACGCCGAGGUGGAAGCUCGAAAGCAAGAACUAGAUAAAGAGGAGCAGAGCUUAAAAGAUUGGGAGAAAAGGUUACAAGAAGGGCGGGAUCGAAUUCACGAGGGUGAGAGGCUGCUAAAUAAAAGAGAGCAGUCUAUCAAUCAGCGUGAUGAAGAAGUCAAGCGUCUGGAGAAGAAGCAGCUUGACAUCAAAUCGGACUUGGAAAGAGAUAGAUUAUUACUGCAAAUUAUGGAAGGAGAUCUCAAUUCACGACUCGCAAUCAUAACAGAGAGGGAGGAGACUGCACUCGAAAGAGAGGUAUCUAUUGACAAGAAGGAACAGGACGCCUUGUUGACACAGCAAAGGCUUGCAGGUCGAUUAGUGGAUUUGGAGGAGCGCGAGCAGCAUUUGAAGAGUAUGGAAGUGAACAUAAACAAUGAAAGAGAGCGCUUGGAGAUAUUGGAAGGCACCUUGAAGCUGAGAGAAGAGUCUCUGGUUGAAGAAAGAGAUGAUCUGGUUAAUCUGAGAUUGACCAUCGACGAGCAAAAGAGAGAGCUUGUUGCUUUAAAAGAAGAAGUCGAGUCUGCGAAAGCAACGCUCGAGAAGGAACGGAUGAAGCUAGAAGCGGAUAGGGAAGACUUCGAGAGCAAAAAGGAUUUGGUCGAGCAAAGGUUGUUGGAGAUUGACCAGAAGCUCGAGAGCAUUGCCCAACGAGAGGUUCAAGAUCACAAACGGAGCACUAUGCUGAGUGAAAGGGAAGAAAAUUUGGAACAAAUGUUUCAAGGAAUUGCAGUGAAGGAACGAAUCGUCAAGGAAGAGGAAAGUGCGGUGGAGGCUGAACGGCGAAGACUUGCCGAGGAAAAAGAGGACCUGGAACGAGCGAAGGAAGAAAUAGAAGAUAUCAAAGCGCAACUUGCUUUGGAGCGGCAGCAAGUGCAGGAUCUCAAAGACAAGUUGAAGAAAGACCAUGAAGCAGAGAUGCAUGAAUUGGCGGAAGAGAGGAAUGCGUUGAGGAUGGGUGAGGAGCAGGGAAGGAAGCGACUCCAGGAGGAGAAGGAGGUUCUCCAACAACAGAUCGAAGAUGAGAAGCGCCAGAUUACAGCGGAGAAGGAGAGAUUGAAGGUCAUUGAGGAGGAGAGAGAAGAGUUGCUUUUGGUUCAGAAGCAGUUGAAAGAAGAAAUUGAUGAGUUUAGGGCCCGCAAACUGCGUGUGAGCAAUGAGCUGGAGGAGCUGAAAACGGAAAAGGAAAGGUUUGAGCGGGAGUGGGAGUUACUCGAUGAAAGGAGGGAAGAGUUGAAGAAAGAAAAGGAGAAGUAUGACGAGGAGAGUCGAACAAUGACGGAGUGGCUCCGGACCGAGGAAGAAAGGCUCAAGGCCGAGAAGCAAGAAAUUCAUGUUCAGUUUUUGACUAACUCAGAGGAUCUUAGUGCAGAGCGAGAGGCCUUUAUCAAGAGAAUGGAAAGAGAGAGGGUGGAAUUAUUUUCAAGAGUCGAGAAAGAAAAGGAGGAUAUAAUGAGAAGUGUAGAUCUCCAAAGGACGGAGCUUGAACGGAGCGUCGAGAAAGAAAGAGAGCAAUUCAACAAGUUGGCUGAAGAGAGGGAACUUCGACUUUUUAAAGAUCUUGAGCGUGAGAAAGAGAAAAUCAAGGAAGCAAACGAAGCUCUGCUGAGAGAAUCCGAGUUGAUCGGGUUAGAGAGGCAGAAGCUUGAAAAGGAGAGGCAUGAGAUUCUAACUCAAAGGGACAAUGCAGAGAAAGAGUGGUCUGAAAUAAGGAAGGACAUAGACCAGUUACAUAUCCAAAGAGAGAAAUUGAAGGAACAAAGAGAAGCUCUGCAUAAUGAGAGGGAGGAAAUUCUGCAAGAAAAGGACACUGUGCAGAAAGAAGCGAACAGGUUGAGGAAAAUGAAGUACGAGCUGAAGGAAGGAGAGAGCAGCCUUCGGUUUUCUGAUCAACAACAAUCACAAAGGAGGGGCCAGAUGGGUCAAGAUGCCGAAGUCUUAUCUCCUCCUCAGCAAGGCCAGUCAGUCGUGAGAGAUUCUGGGAAAGAACUCACACCGAAGACACCACCAGGGCCAGGUACUAGUACUGGAGCUGAAGUUACUCCAAGUCGUAAGCUCAUCACUUCUCCAAGUGCCGGAUUGGGUUGGUUGAAAGCUUGCCUUUUUAGGAGCGCUGAGAAAACAGCUGGACCUUCUACUGCUGAAGGACAGGCAGUUGCGCAAGGGCAGAGAAGUCAGUCAAGAGACGUCAGACAGCGAUUGUUACAGCCCUCCAGAAGCUUUAAUCAAUCACAAAUAGCUCAAGCGGUUGGAGUUGAUGCAGUAGGAAGUGUAAAGAAGCGGGUGAAGCGGGCAAAGCGGACUGGUCCCAUGCAAGUAGUAACAGAAGAGGCUCGGCAAGGAAACUCACAAGCUGACUGGACUGGAAGCCAGAUGGAGGACAGGGAAGCAGAAGUCAUGUCUGAAGCUGAUGGAGGUCGUAAUCAGGAAGCCCUUGUACCUGAGGAAGGUAGCAAGGGCAAAGAUGCAGAAGUCAAUGACAUCGCGCAGACCUCUGAGCCAAGAGGGGCAAAAGGUGGUAGGAAGAGACGACGGCAGCCAGUGAAAGAAACCAGCCAAAAUUAUCUUGAGAACAAUGAAGAAUCUGAUUCUGAUACCGCCGGUGCUACCAGGAGAAAGAGACGCUUCAAAGAUAUCGAAGUGCUAAGUGGAUAUAAUGGGGAUUCUGGCCUCGACACUCCUACAUCUCAAGCAAACACACCUGGCGGUGGUCGGAGAUACAAUCUCCGACGUUCCACGUUAAUAAAUACCAAGGCUACACAGGCUGCUUCAGCACAAUCAGAAGAGAGAGAGUUGUCAGCUCAACAAGAGCGUUCUCAGAGGAAAAAGGCUCCUCCUGCCUCAAUUCCUGAAGCUUCUGGCGACCUACCAGAAGUUUCCUCCCCUCCACCUUCUCAAAGAGAGGUCCGGCCAAUGACGACCAUCACUUUGUCCACGUUAGUCAUCGAAGAGACCAUUGUGAAAACGGAGGUGACAAAUGGUAUAGUGGAAGGGAAUGAGUUGGAAGGAAAUGGGUCUCCUGAAGAAGGGGUUGGUGUUCUCGAGAGGGCUUCUGAUGAGCCCGUCCAAGAGCAGCAUGAAGGGUCCCAAGAUGGAGCUGUCCAGGAGCAGCAAGAAGACCCUCAAGAAGAAGCUGUCCAGGAUCUGCAACAUGAUCUGCAAGAGGUAAUCGGAGAAGGUCUACUUGCGGGCUAUGAAUUUGGUCAGGGGAGUGCAGGUGUUCAGCUUGAUGCUCGUAAUGGAGAUGGAGAAGAGCAUGAUGGAGACGACGGGGAUGGAGAUGAAGGGGUUUUAGAGGAAGAAGUGGUGGAAGAGGUGGAAGAGGAAGAGCUAGAAGAUGGUGUCGAAGCUGACGUGGAGGAGGUCGAAGAAGGCGGAGAGGAAGUUGAGGAAGUUGAGGAAGGGGAGGAUGAAGAGGAGGUUGAGCUGGAAGAGGAUGAGGAAAUGGAAGAGGUUGAUGAGGUAGAGCCUGAGGAAGAGCAGUCUGAGUCACAAGAAGAAGCAGAGACACCCAAGCCAACAAUUGGACAAAGGGUCUGGGACUUCUUAAUCACGUAAGGAGUACGAACGUCCGUUGAUGUGCCUUGAAUCAGCUCCAAUCUUACGCAUUUGCUCUUGGUGAUGUGUUCUCCACUGAAGAACCCAUGGAAGCUAGCUUUAGAUUAGAUCUCCGUUGCCCACAUGACAGCGCCGUAUUACAGUGCAUUGUCAUGGGGGAUUAGGUGUUUGAAUAUGAUCUUAUUUAGAGUUCGAGUUUUGCACUGAGGAGUUGCACAUUAUUGUUGUACAAUGGUAGUCACUUAAGUAGAUCUGUUUGUAUUUUGUGGAACUCUCAGCUAUAUUAUUGGUACCAUCCAUGUGAUGGGCCCAGGAGGUAGCAUUACUGCCUUUCAGUUACUGAGGAAGCAUAUGCCAUGCAUUUCAGGUUCUUUGUAAUCAUCAUUUUGUGAAAGUAGCUGAAAUGCUUUUUGUACAAACUCACUGUAAUUCUUUCUGUACCUUCAACUGGCACACAUUUUUUG